AUGUUCUCACCCUGCGCCGAUACGCCCUCUUCGCCUCUCAACGUGACCCCUCCCAGCCUCGCUGAGGCUCUUGAGCGCUUAGGCCUGAGCGAAUACCUCGGCACUCUGACCGACAACGGAUUCAGCACCUGGGAAACUGUGCUUGACAUUACCGAAGACGACUUGACCGCCCUAAAUUUUAAGCUGGGCCACCGACGAACGCUUCAGCGUGAAAUCGCCUCUUUUCGAGGAAUUCCGUCUUCUUUGUCGUUGGAAACAGAUGGCACUUCGACUGGCCCGUCGUCCCUCUCAACCUCCGCUUUGGAGACCCUGUCACGGAGUACGAGUGCGCCCAGCAGAGAAAAAAGGAGGUAUCGGCGACACCCCCGUCCAGACAACAAUGCACCCAAAAAACCAAAGACAGCUUACGUGAACUUUGCCGAUCAUCUGCGGACCGAUCCCGCAAUUAGCUCCCUUUCCUUUGUAGACAUCGCCAAAGAAGUCGGUCGGCGAUGGCAACACCUGCCGGCUGACAAGAAACGCAUGUGGGAGAGCCAGGCGGCGCGAGCCAUGCAAGAGUACGAGGCGCAGAUGGACGAAUAUAAGAAAACGGAUCUCUGGCGCAAGUACCAUGCUUACCUGGAAGAGUUCAAAGCGCAACAGGCACAGGCGAAAAACGGGAAACGUGUGAAUGGCAUGGUGGCUAACAGCUUGGCGCGUAACGGGUACUCACGUGCCAGUUCAAGUUCAUCCGAUAGCCCGGUUUCGAUCCCUUCCUCUGGCUCGACCAGGACAGAAGCAGAGCUUUGCCAUGGGUCACUCACCCUUGCAUUGAGUGAGUUGGUAUCAUUGAGGGGCGAAAUCUUAGGCCAAGGGGUUCGCCCAUACGACGAACAACAUCUCCCAGCUGAAGAAUUGACACGCCGUGCCAUGUAUGCCUUUGUGCGGGGUACAGGAUCGCUGUUAUAUAUGUGGACCUACACACAAGUAGAUGAAAUCCUCGAUCGGAUAUACAGACCCGAGAAGCCAGUGGAUGCCAUGACGUUUGCGGAAUGUUUCACUGUGGCGGCCAUGGGCGCGCACUACGAUCUUGAUUGUUUCCCGGAUCGGAUAAGACGCGCGCUAUAUGCAUCAGGAACUCUCCACUUCCACGAGAAGACGGCCCGUAUUGAUUAUCUGCGAACUAUGCGGCUGCUGUUAUCCAUGUCAUUUUAUGCCCUAUUGGAGAAGCACAUGAGUGCUAGGUACCUAGUUGCCGCCGGCUUACAGAUUGCUCGUUGGAAGUGCCCUCCACCGCAACAGUCAGCUCUUGAUACGGCGAACGAGAGCUGGAGGCGAAUUUUCCGCAGCCUGAUCUUCAUGGACUCUUGGCUCUCAUACACCCUUGGCUACGUGUCAGAGGUGGUUCCUGAUGAUAUUGCUGUUGCUUGCACCUCUCGGCAACCCGACAUAGCAACUAUGGACGAAUUGAUUCACAUCCAGACUAGUAAGAUUGGCCUGAUUGCGGCCGAAAUUGCGAAGACUUUGGUAUCGGCCGAGCUGGCCACGCGCGAGAACAUUGACAUGCUCAAUCGCAAGUUGGAAGUUUGGCGCAUGGAAGUCCCUACAAUGCUGCAAAUAUCAGUUAUGACGUCUGAUAAUCCUCCGGAGCUGACGUUGUACCAGAGGCGGGCUAUUCUUAUGGUCCAUAUCAUGUAUCUCGGCGCUGUUUUGCUGCUCCAUCGCCAACUACUUAUUGCCGCAGCCCAGACCCAACUCACUGAUGGCGCUUUGUGGAACUUUGAUCUAAGCGUUGAUGAAGUGGCCAGGUAUAGAAAUGAGUGUGCUAUGGCCGCUCAACAGAUGGCACGCAUUUUGAGUCUCAUCUCUUUUGAUGGCACUUUCACAAGGCGAUGUUGGCUGAUUAUUUACUGGGCCUUUACCGCCUGCAUCGUUCUACUUUUUGCCGCAGCUACCAGGCUCCUCGAUGGGCAGCCUGACGGGGUUGACGAAGAUCUUACAUAUGCCAAAGGUUGUCUCGACAUGCUGGAGCCAUGCCGAAACUACGAACCAGUUGCAGAGCGAUAUUUGGAGAUCCUGUGGCCCUUGUACGACAGUCUCCGGGAUAUACACCAACGAAUGUUGGGGAGGGCCAAAACCAGCAUAUUCUCGCUUCUCCAGUCUACCAAUCCGGCCCAACUGAGUCCUCCGAUUCCGGUCUCCAAAGAAGAAAUGGGACCAAUUUCAGAGAAACUAUCUGUGCUCCUCGCUGACCCCUUUGGGCGGAAGCAAGCCAUGCCCGGUGACACUAGGAGGCGGAUCCUUAGCACAGAUGGCUCCUCUCUUGUCUUUUGGUUCAGAUGA